GGCCAUUUCUGUUGGAGGUGUGUUGAUGCAAUUCGGGCACGGUUAAAAACAUUCGACCUUUCUGAAGAAGAAAACCUGGUGGGCUGUCUUCAUCGCGACUCGGCAGAUGGCGCCCCGUUUGACAGGCAAUUGCAGACUGGCUGUGAUCUUCCUUCAGGUACGGCUGUGACGAAAGUGCAUUGUUGUCUCAGCCUGUCGGCAGAUGAGGCAACCAGUCCUUUGAGCACAUAUUUUCUGCGGCCCAGCCUGUUUACCGAUUCUCUCAACAGACCGAAGAACAGGUGCCUAACGGUCGUCACUCUUUCCAGCCGCACUGUACACCCACCGGACACCAGCUUCACCGGUCUGCCUCACUUUCGCCCUCCGGGACGGUGGUCAUCGCGACCCCUCUCAGCUCACAUGUGCCCCUUGCUGUACACACGUCAAGGGUGUGUUCAGCUCGGACGGAGUGGAGCGCGCGCGAAGACCCCGAAACCCUACGCCUGGCAGUCCUUGACCCGAAUCAGACCGGCUCACUGUGACCACCGGCAACAGCCGUCUCACCGAGCUCGGUCCAGUGACCAAGUCGCCAGGAUUCAGGCGACAGCUCACCCACCUCUGAUCGACCCGGCUCUGGGCUACACCUGCGAGCUGGUCCGAGAGGGUCAGCGUCGAACCAGAUCGACUGUCGACAAACACAAUCAUUCUGGACUGCUCAGGGUGAUUUGA